AUGGCCAGCCCCUGGGCACUGCCGCUGAUGCUGCUGCUCCUCGGGAUGGUGGGGGCCGCCCCCUCCACGGCCCCCCCGAGCAGCUACGACCAGGUGAUCGCCGCGGCCGUCGACAUCUACAACCAGCAGCAGAAGCCCGAGUACGCCUUCCGCCUGCUGGAGGCCGAGCCCCAGCCGGACUGGAAUUCGUCUGCCCAAACCAACCAGGUGUUGAGAUUCUCCAUCAAGGAGACCGUGUGCCGCCCGUCGGAGAAGGCCGACCUCAGCCAGUGCGACUACAAACCCGACGGGGUGGACCGGGACUGCUCCGGAUUCUACUCGCCGCAGCAGAACCCGCCGACCAUCAUGGUCCAGUGCGAGGACGUGGACCAAGAGCUGGACCGCGUCACACGAUUUCGCUGGCGCAGGUUCUUCCGAAAAGCCAAAAGGUUCUUGAAGAGGCAUGGCGUGAGCAUUGCUAUUGGAACAGUCCGAUUACUCAGACGGUUCGGAUAGAGACCUCGCGAGAACAGGGCCGCCUGGUGGUGCCGGACACGCGAAGGACCCUCCAGUCUCCCCUGGCAGCCGCAUGAGGCCCCCGCUUCCUUCCGCAU